ACGUGAUCGAAAUGUUGCGCACAGUGAGGGUAAGUAGGCUGCUUACACGGCAGAUAAGUGCUGUUCAGAAAGCGAAUGGCAGGCGGUUGCUAGCAUCAUUCAGUGGUAGCAGCCGAAGGCGGAAGUUACCAAUGAACACGGGGUUAUUAUUUGUUCCACAGCAACAAGCUUGGGUUGUCGAAAGGUUUGGCAAGUUUAACAGGAUCAUGGAUCCAGGUUUCAACAUCUGUAUUCCAAUACUUGAACAUAUUGCCUAUGUUCAGAGUUUGAAAGAAGUUGCUCUUGACAUUCCUCACCAAUCAGCAAUUACUCUGGACAAUGUGACUUUACAAAUUGAUGGUGUUCUAUACUUUCGUAUCAUUGAUCCCUACAAGGCUUCAUAUGGCAUUGAAGAUCAUGAGUAUGCUGUUACUCAGUUAGCACAGACUACCAUGAGAUCAGAGUUGGGUAAGAUGUCAAUGGACAAUGUUUUUCAGGAGAGGACAUCUCUUAAUGCUCAUAUUGUUGAAGCUAUUAACACACCAGCAGAAGCAUGGGGAAUUCGAUGUAUGAGAUAUGAAAUCCGUGACAUUCAACUACCCAAUAAAGUGAAAGAUGCAAUGCAAAUGCAGGUUGAAGCCGAAAGGAAAAAGAGGGCACAGGUUUUAACAUCAGAAGGUGAGAGACAAGCAGCAAUUAAUGUGGCAGAAGGCCAUAGACAAAGCACAAUUCUUCAGUCAGAGGCUGUGAAGAUCGAACAAAUCAAUGAGGCUGAAGGUGAAGCAAGAGCUAUAAUUGCCAAGGCUGAAGCUCGUGCCAAAUCUAUUCUAGCUGUGGCUGAAGCUUUAGGAAAAGAGUAUGGUGACAAAGCUGCAUCUCUGAGUGUUGCAGAACAGUAUGUAAGGGCGUUUUCCAAUCUUGCAAAAACUACCAACACUCUUCUUUUACCAUCUGAUACCGGGGAUGUGUCUUCAAUGGUGUCACAGGCUAUGGCUAUCUUUGGCCAGCUCACAAAGACUCCAGUUGGAAGUUCUCCUACCUCCGGGGAUCCUUCAUCAGCCCGCAAGUUAGGAGGAUCAGAUGAAGAAAGUAAGGAUAUGUGGUCAAAGAGCUCUGAUAAGCACAGUUUGACUGAAAGUUCAAUGGGCCAUGUGACGAGAAAUGCUGGUUUGGCACCUGCUGCUGCUUUUGCUGGUUUGCAGGGACCAUUUGUGGAACAUGGUGGGGUAGACAAACAAGCUGAUUUUUCAAUCAUGACUUCUCCAACGAGGCAAAGAGAUUUCUCUGAUUUUGAUUGAUAAGUUGAAUACAGACUUGGACUGAACCUGUCAGUUGUGUGAAAAGUAGAAACUGUAACUUGAAUGUCAUAAUGAUUAUGUGCAAGCAUCGUAUUUGCAAAUGUCAAGCUUGUUUGUUACUGGAAA